UUUUCAUUAGACCAUUGACUCGUCUCUCUCAUCACCCUAAAACCCAUUUGCAUAAACACCGAAGGGCAAAAACCCUUCUCGUUUUACUUGUGAUAUUCACCAAACCCACAAUUAUGGCAGCUCCCAAGUUCCUACACAUCGGCACUGCAAUCUCCCGAACUACAUCCGGAGCUCUAUCGCCAUUCCUUUUCCCCAGAAGACUCCCUUCAAAGCUCAUAUCUUUCAUGAAAUGCAGUUCUUCUACCGUACUUGAUUCUGUCGGCAGCGGCGGCGCUGAUGCUCCCCAACUACACUCCACCCUCACCCACCACCCAUGGCCUGAAUGGGUUUCCUUCGUCGACGGCCUGAAAACCAAAGGUUACUUGAUCGAACCUCCUUCAGAAGAUGCAACUGGAGAUGGGACUGGCGGUGAUGAAGCUACGCCACCCGCGAAUGAUUACAGCGACAUGAACGUGUUGAAGGAUGCUUGUGUCAGCUUUGCGCGCGACCGCUAUGAUAUUUUCAAGUCGUUGUCUACAGAUGAUAUUCAAACGAUUGUGAAGGAUGGAUGCCCCAAUAUCCUCCGUAAAGUUGUCAAUUCAGCUAAAAGGUUGAGGGCUUAUGUGCAACUAGAUGAAGGGGACGUUUGUAGUACUUGCAACCUUCGAGGCUCCUGUGACAGAGCUUAUGUUAUUUUAAAGCAAACAGACGGAACUGCAAGAACUGUGGAUAUAGCUCGAGUAUUGCUGGCCUAUGCAUUGGAUCCAGUUGUUAUGUCCGGAGGGGAUAAACCUUCGGGUAGAGAGCGUGUCGAAGUCUCUGUGAGGAAAUUGCUUUCUGAGUUAUCCGAACUUAGUGAAAAACCCAUUGAUCCAGCAGCAGUGAAGGAGGUUAUAAAAUCUCCCAAAAGAAAAGAAAAAUCAUCAAAAUUUAUAGAGGAUGCCUCAACUCAAGAUGUUGAGAUGAAGAGAGGGGAUUGGAUGUGUACAAAAUGCAAUUUUUUGAAUUUUGCGAGAAACAGAAGAUGUUUAAAAUGUAACGAAGAUGGUCCUAAAAGAGUAUGGGAAAAUGAUAUUGAAAUGAAGAAUGGAGACUGGAUUUGUCCAGAAUGCAACUUUAUGAACUUCUCAAGAAAUAUUCGCUGCAUGAAGUGCAAAACAGAGGGGCCAAAGAAGGUUAAUGUCGACAAUGUUGAAAUGAAGAAGGGAGAUUGGGUCUGCCCGCAAUGUUCAUUCAUGAACUUCGCCAGUAACAAGAAAUGUCUGCGUUGCCGAGUACUUCGUCCGAAGAGGGAACUGAAUCAAGGAGAAUGGGAAUGCCCCUCGUGUGUUUACGUGAAUUUCAGAGGAAACACGAGCUGCCGCAAGUGCAAUGUUGAGCGUCCUGAACGAGAAAUAAGUGACGAGUACGAUGAGCAACUAUGGGAGUCACCUCGGGAAAGAUGACGUCCAAGGCCAACAGAGCUCGAUUAAAUUCUGGGAUGUUUGUAUUGUUUGUUUGGGUUAUUUUUCCAUUAAUUGUUUUGUUUUAUGGAAUUUAUUUUGGGUUUUGGCUAUUAUUUUAAUAAUUGUCUCUUUUAGCGUCUAAA